CCACGCUCAUUUCGUCACCUUGAUAAUCUGUCUUUCUUCGGUGUCAGUUUCGGUCCGUUAGGUUUGUCGAGUUUCUCCGUCGCCUCGCUCGGCUCGGCUCGGCUCGGCUCCGGUUCUUCACGUCGGUGAAUUUUAUUUUUAUAAUUUACAGGUAGUUCUCGUGACUUCCGGUGUGUUUUCGGAGUUAGCGCGCACUUUGACGUCACUUUGAAACUGACGGAGCUAACUGCUAACUGACGGAGGUCAUACUUUAAACACACUUCCGGUUCUGGUUCGACUUUAGUCGGAACAUUGACCGAACCUCCGAGUCCGAAACUUUCAACCUUCCCAGUCUUUGGCCGGACAUGGAGCCUGAAGGAAGCAGCUAACAGGCACACGGUACUUUCCGCCUUGAUCAGAACCCGUCCUGGACUGCAGAACCCGUCCUGGACUGCAGAACCCGGUGGAUCCCGAACACUCGACCCAGCUGUGAAGCGUCAGCGGGAUGGCCGGAGACUCCGUGAACUUUAACCUGCUGCACCGAACCUGUAAGCUCGUGGUGCUGCUCUGCUUCCUCCACAUCUCCGUCACCGUCGUCUUCUACGUUCGCUCCUUGGACAUCCGGUUCGCCUUCGUCCAGAACCAGCAGUCCCAUAACAAUGGGACCCAACAGAACCAGCUCGGAAACACCGCCUUCAUCCCCAAGAAAGAGGUGGAGGAGGUGAAGAAGGUGGAGGAGGUGAAGAAGGUGGAGGAGGUGAAGAAGGUGGAGGAGGUGAAGCAGCAGGAGCCCGAAGCAGAGCGCAGACCUCCGGACACGAAGAACGCUGAAGAGCCCGACAAGAAGCGGGACAAGUGCCCGGAAACAUCACCUCUGCUCGUGGGUCCCCUGCGGGUGGAGUUUAACGUCCCGGUGAGUCUGGAGCAGAUCAAGAAAGACAACAUGAAGCUCCGCCCGGGCGGACGCUUCACGCCACAGGACUGCGAGGCGCAGCAGAAGGUCGCCAUCAUCAUCCCGUUCAGGAAGCGAGACGAGCACCUCAAAUACUGGCUGUACUACCUCCACCCGAUCCUGCAGAGGCAGCAGCUCGACUACGGAGUCUACGUCAUCAACCAGGAUGGAGACGAGGUGUUUAACCGAGCCAAGCUGCUGAACAUCGGCUACACAGAGUCUCUGAAGGAGUACGACUACGAGUGUUUCGUCUUCAGUGAUGUCGACCUCAUCCCCAUGGAUGACCGCAACACUUACAAGUGCUUCAGUCAGCCCCGACACCUGUCUGUGUCCAUGGACAAGUUUGGCUUCAGGUUACCAUACCACCAGUACUUUGGAGGCGUGUCCUCUAUGAGUAAAGAACAAUACCUGAAGAUCAACGGCUUCCCCAACAACUACUGGGGAUGGGGAGGGGAGGACGACGACAUCUACAACAGGCUAUCGUCUAAAGGGAUGAGCAUCUCCAGGCCGAGCGGCGAGGUCGGGAAGUGUCGGAUGAUCCGACAUGACAGAGACAAACAGAACGAGCCCAACCCUCAGAGAUUUGACCGGAUCGCUCACACCCGAGAGACAAUGUCCAAAGAUGGGAUCAACUCUCUGUCGUACCGGGUCGUGAAGGUGGAGAAGCUGGACCUGUUCACCAGGAUCACUGUGGACGUGGGGAAACCAUGACGACAGUCAGCUGAUGCUCGGCUGACAGGUCAGCUGACACUGGACUGAUGACACCAAAUGUGCCUUUGACACUUGAACCUUCUGGUUCUGGUCCGAUGGGUCGGACCUGCUGGAUCUUUCUUUGUUCUUUUCUCUGCGUGGCCUCGAGGACUCUCUGAUUGGACGCUGACUGACCCAAUCAGCUGCUUUCACCUCAGUCAGACGCAGCUGCUCAUCCUGCUCGAGGCUUUUAUUUUGAAAAUCAAUCAGUGCCUGCUGGGUCACGUGGUCCGGGCUUUACAGGUGGGGGAUUAUGGGCAAUAAUAGGGGGCAGGUUUAGAUGUGGUUUGGUCCAGAUCCUGGUUCUGGUUCUGUUGAUCUCGGUCCAGAACCAGGUCCCCUUCAGAUCCAGAUCUAAACCCAGUCCUGGUUCUGGUCUCAGACGGAUCAGGUCUGCUUUGAUAAUCAGGUUUGUUUCUCCAAAGUUUGAACCAAAACGGAAACAGAACCAGAACCUGCUCAGACUGGCUGGUACCAAAGAGACGGUUCCGGACACACAAACACCUCUACCCGCCAAAAUAAAAUGUGAAUGAAGGAAACAGAAAGUAAACUGACACUGAUCAGUCAUGUGACUUCCUAUUUCACAAUAAGAGCUUUAAAAAAGUUUUGAGAAUUUUGAUUAUAUAAUUUAACACUUCCUGUCUAUUUCAAAAUAAAAGCCCUCUCAUGUUCCUCUUGGAUGUUUUCAGUCAAAAUCAGCUGAUGGAGGUGAAGUCACACACAAAUGAUGUCACAGGUGGAGGUGUGUCCUGGUCGGUCAUGAAUGUCUCGCCUGCUGCAGGUGAUCAAACCUCCAAAUAUAUCGACCAAUUUUCUCAGCACAUCAAUGAUUUUUGUUUUUAUGUUCUUUAACAAGCCUUCAGGUGGGUCCAGUUUGAAUGUUGGGCCGGUUCUGGUUGAACUGGUUCUGACUGGGUUUGUGGGUCCAGUGUGUAAAUGUACAAUUAUUAAAAAAAAGCUGAACUCUG